CAGUAGUAAAUAUUAAAGUAACACAAAUUGCAAAUAUUGUUAAGCUAGAUUGCAUGCCACAAGGGCGUCCAGGUAUAUUUACUUUCGAACCAUGGGAACAUACUACGACAGGCGGUCAACACAUCAGAUUCUUAAAUGGAUAUCAGAAUGGAUCUUUGGUCUUAAAUGAGACAAAAUCCGCAAAUACAUUACAAGACACGGGAAUCUAUAUUUGCUCCGUCAAAAAUGGUAUCAGUGAUAGUUUAGGCAGAUUAAGUCAAACAGGACAUGUUACAGUAAAACGAAACGGAAAUCCAAUCUUUGGAAAUAAGAAACGGGCCGAACAAUUUGGAACGUUUGGACAAGCAACGACACUUAACUUUGAUGUUUUCAGCUUAGAGGCAAUGAAUUUGACUAUACAAGGUGAAUUUGAUCGACAGAGAGAUUUUGGCAGUCAAAUAAGGACAAACGUCAACAUGUCUGUUGUAUUACAUGGAACUGUAGUUAACGUUGAAGGUUUUAACAUCAAAAUAAAGACUCAACCUUUAACAAAAGAAGAUUUUGGAAAUUAUACAGUGACUGCUCUUAGUCGUUUUGGGAACAGCAUUUAUCAUUUUAUCCUGAAAUCAGCAACUUCACCUUUGCGUCCAUUCAACGUGACUUUAGCAGCAACAGCUUCAAAGAUAUUUGUCAGAUGGAACAGAAAUUUCGAUGGUGGCUAUCAACAGGAAUUCUUUAUACAAUUGUUAUUGAAAGAUCUGGUUCAAUGGAAGAACUAUGGACCUUUAACAGAUACAAUGCAGAGGCAACAAUCGUUUACACUUAAUUCUAUGAAACCAGGUGUUACAUAUUAUGUACGAAUGUUCUCGUCAAAUAAAAUUGGUUCCAGUAAUUUGACUGAAGUUUUUAAAGUAACGACACUGGAUACUUUCAUGUUCCCCAGUGCAUAUGUUUUCACCUCUUUGUCUGCAGUUUGUUUACUGGUAAUUGUUGCCGUGCGAGUUUUGUACAAGAUUUGGAAAGCAAAACGACAUUCAAAUCGUGAAGAUGAAGGCAUGGUAGUUCAACCAUUUGAAAAUCAAUAUCAUGUUGAUAAUGUACUCUACCAAUCACAAGAGGAAAUCAAUUUAUCAGGAGGGGGAGGCGGAGAUGGAUAUUCCACGAUCGAUCGUAGUGACGCCAUACCACCAUACGGUGCUGUUGUUUCGUAUUCAGCCCAAUGCUCAGACAGUGAUGACGAAGACGACUAUGAAAACGUGACAGGCAAAAGUUGGGAGUUACUGAAUAACGAAGGAAACAAUGCUAUCUCAAUCAAGGAUGACCUUGUUCUUAACUAUUCUGAGAUUGUCUUUUGUCCAAGCGAAAGUCCAAGAUUUGUGAUUCAUGGAUCCAAUAAUAAAACUGUGUACGCUGAUGUUGACCUGUCACUCAAAGCUGUAGCUUUACCAUACACAGACGAUGAAUCAAGUGAAGACAACACUAGUGAUUUUGAUGAUGUCGCAUCAUGGGUUAAAACUAAGGUUGAAAGUGAUUAGAGACAUACUUCCA